AAAAAAAAAAAAAAAAAAAAAAAAAAAGCGCGGGCUGGCUGGCUGGGGGCACCGAGGCAGUUCGGCCAGGCUUGGCGAGGCUUGGCUUAAGUAACGAAAGGCUGCUGCUGCUGCAGCGUGGAGUGGUGGUUGGUUGGCUGGUGGGAGCGAGUGGGGUGUUACGGAACAGACGGGCAGCGGCUAGGUGCCCACUUAGGUAUCCCGGACUGGAAGUAUCCGCACCAGGGCAUGCGCGCGCUCCGCCAGGCGGGCAGGCAGGCCGGGCCAUGGAGAGCGGACAAUGGAACUGCCGCUUCGGCGCUAGAUGCCCCGAGGGCCCCGACCCCCCCGCGCCGCGGCGAGCCGUGCCCGGCCGUGCGUGUCCCGCUCCACCCCCACGCUCCGCUCCCCGCGACCUCAUCGAGAGAGGAGGGCCGGGACGCGACAUGCGAGAUGCGUCCCGCUCCGCGUGGUGCCUGGCGGCUUGGGGUUUCCUCGUUCGUUCAUCCUUCCUUCCUUCCUUCCUUCCAUCCAUCUAUCCGCUCGUCCGGCCGUCUGUCCGGCUGACUGGCGGGAUGGGGUGGGAGGAGGUGGUUGGCGGUUUGGAUUGUCAAUGGAUUCGAGAGGGGACGAGGUCGAUGGGUGCGUCGUCGUUCGUGUGUCUGCUGUCGGACUGCUUGUCCGUCGCUUCGUUUGCGGCUUCGUGGUUGGGGGUGGGUGGUUUGCUCUGCUCCUGCUGCUUACCUGUCGACUGUACGUCGGUCUAUCUGGGUGCUUGUCUGUUAUAUCUGUCACUCGGGUAUACGUCUACCUAGGUACAUCCAUGCUUGGCGGUCUGCCUUCUCCGCUGU